AUGGAUGUACUCACAGCAGACAAAGGCACAUCCCUGCUCAAAGUCAGUCUGUUUAUGGAGUAUUGCCCACAGGGCAGCCUGCAAGAUUUGAUUGACAGGAAGCAACAAGCCCAAGAUCACGUGACGGAAGCCGUCACCUGGAAGAUCUUUGGUCAACUCAGCUUGGCUCUGCGAUAUUGCCAUUAUGGAAUUUGUGCGAAUGGAACACAGAUUGGGGGCUGGGAGCCGGUACUGCACCGGGACAUCAAGCCCGCUAACAUCUUGGUAACCAAGAUUGAAGCCGAAGAGGUUAUGGUCAAGCUCGGAGACUUCGGGCUCGCCACGUUCGUGAACCCUGAACGCGCUCCCAGCACAUAUGCUAGGACACUUCGAUAUCAGCCACCUACUGAUAGCAGUUCUGCAGGAGAUUACUAG